AUGCUUCUCUUCCCAGCUGCAGCUCUGUGCUGUGUGUGCUCAGGUGAGUGUUUCCAGCCAAUCAGGAGCCAGCAAACUCCACCAUUCCCAAAUGCAGCCUGUCUCUGUGAAAUAGAGCUUAGAGACUUAGCUAUUCCUGAUGACAUGGCUGUUUUCAAAGUGAGUCAAAGUUUAAUUUUUGAACAAGCAUCACUGUCAAACUCACCUCCACCUGUCUGUUUGUCUACAGUGCUGGUUGUCAUGGCAGCAGAGCUCCAACAGGACACUUUAUCAUUGACCAGGAAAGUUGGAGAAAAUGUCUCCAUCAGCUGUGGAAACACUGACAAGUGUAAAGAUCGAUAUGUGUACUGGUACCAAAAAAAUGGCACAGAAAGUUUCAAAAUAGUUCUGAGGAUCGAUAAGACAAAUGGUGCCAUAAAGAAACAGACCUAUGACCAUCCUCAGAAAGAAGAUUUCACUGCAGUAAAUACAAAGACUGGCUGUGAGCUGCAGAUCCAGAGUGUCAAAGUGUCUCAUUCAGCGACCUACUACUGCAUCUGUCGGAUAACACAGUGA